CAUUCCAAACAAGUUCCGAAUCCGCACAUACAAUCAGUACCGUACCGAACCUCGUAGAAAACGCGCGCGAUCAUGAACGCACCGCGCUUACUUUUUUCGCAGAUCAGAAAAAUAAAAUGGCAAAGGCCGCUAUCCCAAACAGCCAGCCUCAAAAAUGAGUUCGAAAUUAAAUCGGCAGUGCCCGAUUUUGUGGUUCCCAACAUGAGAUUUUUAGAUCAGAUGUGGAAGGACUCUUCGAAAUUCAAGAAUCUCGUCGCACUGGAAAGUGCGGAGACAAAGAAAAGCUACACGUAUCCCCAACUGCGUACAAACAUGGCGACGUUCGCGACUUCUCUCCACAAGAAGUUGGGACUAAAAUCCGGUGACGUGGUGGCUGUGAUGCUUCCGAACUGCCCCGAGUUUGCUGUCAUUGCAUUUGGGACCUUAGAAGCUGGCUGCGUAUUGACUACUUUGAAUCCUAUUUAUAAAGAACAUGAAGUAACGCACCAAUCUUCUUUAACCCAGCCGAAAGUAUUUAUCACCACUUCAGACCGGUACGAAAUUGUUGUGAAAGGUCUCCAAAAUGCCAAAGUAAAUGCCAAAAUAGUUAUAGUAGACGAUCCUAAUAAACCCGUACCUGAUAAUACAGUAAGAUAUUCAGAAAUAGGUGAAAAAGGAGAAGUAGAUAAUGCCAUGCUAGACAAAAUUGAAAAGAAAGAUUACGAUAUAGCAUUUAUACCAUUUUCAAGCGGGACCACAGGACUGCCUAAAGGCGUAGAGAUUACUUACAAGAAUCUUAAGGCUGGUAUAGAGAUUAUGUCCCAAAAAACCAAUUGUUACUGCAAUCUGGCCUCAGGCAGUUUCCAAGACGUAGUCCCUUGCGUGCUACCUUUCUUCCACAUCUACGGGCUGGUCGUCACACUCAUAGCACAUCUGGCGAACGGCUGCAAGCUCAUCACCAUGUCUUCCUUCUCCGCUAGUCUGUACCUGAAUUUGCUGAAGGCUGAAAACGUCAGUUUGCUCUACGUGGUACCUCCUAUAGCAAUCCUCUUGGGCAAGCAUCCAGAUGUGAACCACGAGCACUUCAGCCACGCCAGAUUCAUGGUGUGCGGAGCUGCGCCGCUUGCUGCCUCUGAUGUUGCGGCCAUCUCUGCUAAGACGAAGAACAAAGACUUCCAGUUCUGCCAAGGUUACGGUGCAACGGAGACCACGUCGCUAACAACAGCUACGUUUAUAGGACGACAGAACGACUAUGACUCUUGUGGGGAAGUCAUGGCUGGUAUCACGCUGAAGUACGUCGACCCUCAGACUGGGAACCCUGUACCUAUUGGAGAACGAGGAGAAUUAUACGUCAAAGGACCAACAAUCAUGAAAGGAUAUCACAAAGACCCCAAAUCGACUGCAGACUCUUUGACAGAUGACGGAUUCUUCAAGACUGGUGAUCUUGGAUACUACAAGCCUGGUGUGGGAGCUUAUGUCACUGAUAGGAUAAAGGAACUCAUCAAGGUCAAAGGUCUUCAAGUGGCUCCAGCUGAGCUGGAAAGCGUUCUCCGAUCGCACCCCGCAAUAGCAGAUGCUGGCGUUAUAGGCGUUCCUCACGAAUUCUUUGGAGAAGUGCCGAAAGCGUUCGUCAUCCUAAAGAAAGAUAUGAAGGCAGCGCCAGAAGACAUCCAAGACUUCGUGGCCAAUCAAGUAGCAGCAUACAAGAAGAUAGACGAAGUGAUAUUAGUGAAUUCAAUACCAAAGAACACGACGGGGAAGAUAUUAAGACGGGAACUGAAGAAGAUGUAUGCGUAGCCAGGACGGGACUUUUAUCUAUU